GUUCUUUUUGGCUUUGAAGAGAGAGAGAGAAGCGAGCAAAGCUAGGGCUUCUGAUUGAAGAGCAGAUGACGCCGGAGCCAAGCUCGCCAUGCCCUCAACCAGCGCCCUCGACGCAUCUAGAACGGCUCAGGCGAAAUAGCCGGUGGUUGAACCUUCAGAGAACGAGCCGUCGAAGUUUGCCUUUAAAAAUCCUUACUUUGGGGGAAUCCAGCUUCGAGUCCCACCAACCUGGGAAGAGAGAGAGAGAGAGUCAGAGAGAGUAUAGCCUUGUCAGGAGGUUGAUGCAUCACACCCCGUCAGUUGUUCGCUUUCAGGAGACGCGGACGACGACGAGAACUGCGACGAUUUUCCCUCCCACAUGAUUGCAUCAUAACUCGCUUUUUCCAGAAUGGCUGCUGUUUGUAGUCCAUCUCUUGGAACUUCUUCUUCUUCUCGUUGUUAUGUAAGUAGCAGACCCUGCAUUUGUCCGGAUUUGAGGCGGAGCUCAGUGAGACUAUCUUCAGAAGUUUUCAAGGUUGAGAUUGGCAGGUCGGAAAGAAGUCUUUGCCAAUCUAGCAGAAAGAAACUCAGUGCCGUCAUAGCUUUAGCUUCUCAGACAUCAGUUUCUGAUCCAAUUUCUACACUUUCAAGGAACGACUUCAGUGACUCAUUAAAGAAAUCAAAUGAAGCAGCAUUGAUCCUAAUUCGACAUGGGGAGUCUCUAUGGAAUGAAAAGAACCUAUUUACCGGUUGUGUUGAUGUGCCACUUACCAAGAAGGGUGUGGAAGAGGCGAUUCAAGCGGGUAAAAGAAUUAGCAACAUACCUGUUGACAUGAUAUAUGCAUCAUCAUUAAUCCGUGCACAGAUGACUGCAAUGCUUGCCAUGACUCAGCACCGCCAACAGAAGGUACCAAUCAUAUUGCAUGAUGAGAAUGAGAGGGCGAGGACAUGGGGUCAUAUUUUCAGUGAAGAGACCAAAAAGCAAUCCAUUCCAGUUAUAACAGCUUGGCAAUUGAAUGAAAGAAUGUAUGGUGAGUUGCAAGGUCUUAAUAAACACGAAACAGCAGAGAGAUAUGGGAAGGAACAAGUUCAUGAGUGGCGGCGAAGUUAUGACAUUCCCCCACCCAAUGGGGAGAGCUUGGAAAUGUGCGCUCAAAGAGCUGUCACGUAUUUCUGCGAUGAGAUUGAACCUCAACUUUUCAUUGGAAAAAAUGUCAUGAUUGCAGCCCAUGGAAAUUCACUGAGAUCCAUCAUUAUGUAUCUGGACAAAUUAACUUCUCAAGAGGUUAUAAGUUUGGAGCUAUCAACUGGAAUUCCACUACUUUACAUUUUCAAAGAGGGAAGAUUUGUAAGGAGAGGUAGUCCAGUGGGACCUACUGAAGCUGGUGUCUAUGCUUAUACUAGGAGAUUGGCUCAGUACAGGCAGAAAUUGGAUGAGAUGUCACAUUAGCAUGCAGGCAGUUAGAAGGAUUGUAAUAGUUGAAUUGUUUGGUGUAGUGAUGACAUAACUUCUUGUGCAAUAUCUAUUGGAAGGAAAAAGGGGACAAGAAGAGACUCUGCACUUUGGAUGUUCCAUUUGGCUUGUGUCCACCUUACACAUUAAAACGGAUGGACGUGGCAAGUUUUCGUUCCUGAAUGCCACGUCCGAGGAUGUGCUUGACACGUGAAAUGAUCUUACAAAUAAAACAUCUCGUGCGGUCCGAAGAAAGUCAUGUCUUAAGAGCACGUUCAUCAUGUCAAAGGGCGACAACCUUACCACCAAUUAUAGCAAUUCCAUUUCAAAGAGAAAACCGCCCAACCACUGGAUACAGCUGCAUCGGAUAUAUGCAUAUGUCAUGGAUGAAGAAGGAUGAAGAUUAGGAUAGCAAGAAAGGGUGCUGAACACAGAUAUAAAAUAGGGAUAGAGCGAAAGGCAGGUGAUGUUCCAAUGACCGACAUUGGAGUGCUUUAACAAGACGUGAUUAUCCUAAUAAAUCCUGCACGUGGUAACACGGCGCAGAAAAACUGGCGGUUUAAUGCUUGUGGCAAAUUUAAAUUGCUUUUAACUCUCAGGAUGUUCUUCGUACAUCCAUAUAUAAUAUUAUCAUAUGGAAAUAUACGUA